UAUUGUUUAUGUGAGUGAAGCGGUUGCAGGUUCUUCGAUCGCAGACAUGAACCUUCUUUGGGAAUCAAUUUCUAAAACUGUGGUAUAUUUCGGACUUCUGACAAGUAGCCUGUGUGGACUUGGUUCUGCAAAUGGCGGUGCUGCAGCGACAGGCACUUCCAGAAUGCCAGUGUCGGCUCUGGGUGCCAAAAUGAACUUUCUUGAUGUUAUUUCAAAGGACAGUCUUUUCAAAAGAGGCGAUUCGGUUUGGAUGAAGUAUAAAACCUUAAGCGACGACUCGAAGUUGAUGCAGCUUUUAGAUCCAAGAGAUGGCAUCAGCAGCUUUGCGCUGUUGAAAUUGAACACAGUUGCCAAAGUGGGUCGCGAAAAGCGUUCUUAUCAGUCGCAGAGAUAUUAUCCUCCUAUUCCACCUGAAAACAUUUUAGUGAUCUGCCUUGGUGCUCCUCUUCAAAAUCUCAAUAAAACUGCUCUGAAGGAAGCAUUUGCCAGCUAUUUGAAGUUGCCUGUGGGGAAUGUCUGCAUAGAUAAAAUAUUGAUUCGCAAGAACAUGGUGGAGUUAUACUUUGUGAAGAGUGGUCACCCUGUGGAUUUCUUCGAUGUGGAUAAGGACUUAAUACCGGUCGGUGAUAUCCAACAUCCAGAUCUUAUAGAGUAUCUGCAGAAGAGAAUCCCUUCUAUGAACAUUACCAUUGAAACAAGUCAGAGACCUUUGCUAACAUCAGCCAAGUUUUGGACGGAAAGUUACUUCCCCUAUGUGGCAGCUGCAUGCAGUGUCUGUUUAUUCCUGGUCAUGGCAGUCAUGAUUUUCUGUUGCUGCCGGAAAAAAAGUAAAAAUGAGGGAAUUGAGGAGGAAAAGGAGGAAUACACUGAGCCUCAACAAGUCUUUUACCCAGCUCUAAAGCCCCAGCAGAUUUUCUACCCUUCCAUCAAACCUGAUGUGAAACACCCAGUAAUGAUACAACCAGAAGGAAACCCAGUGUUUGUCACCAAGGGAUGUGUGGCUCCUGUACAAACCCAAGCCAAGAAAAUCAAAGCCAAAGGCCUCUUAGAACGACGAGGAUCAAGUGCUUCACUGAAGAUAGAUCUCAAAACAGCUUCCCAAGAAAAGAAUCGAUGGGAAGGAACUCCUCCCAAAGAAGGUACUGCACUUGAGUAUUUACUGACUGCUGGAAACAGACUAAGUCGCAGAGAUCUACGAAAUGCUGUCAAAAACAGUAGGGCUCUGUAUGAAGAAUUUUGGGAAAUUCCAAUGAAUCACCCAGAGAAGGUUUAUGUCGCAGGAUCGGGAAUGAAGAACAGAUAUCGGACCAUUAUACCCAAUGAACACAGCAGAGUGAUCCUCCCUGACAGUGAGUGGGAUCCCUUGUCAUCAUACAUCAAUGCUAAUUAUAUCAAGGGAUAUGAAGGAGAGGAGAAAGCAUACAUUGCAACACAAGGUCCUAUGUCCCACACUAUUGUGGACUUUUGGAGAAUGGUGUGGAUAGAAAAGUCUCCAAUUAUUGUAAUGAUCACCAAACUCAAGGAGAAAGCCAAAACAAAAUGUGAAAACUACCUACCGGAGGACAAUGAAACUUGGUGUGCUUUUGGAGAUAUUGAAGUAAAAGUGGACAGAGUCCUCAACAAGCAGAGUUACAUCUUAAGACACCUUUUACUGAGGAGUGAGGGAGAAGUCCAGCAUGUACUACACUACUGGUAUACAGCUUGGCCAGACCAUAAACCAACCCAGUCUCCACAUAUGUUGUUACAGCUGAUUCAGGAAGUGGAACUCCGACGGUAUAGAGGGGACAGUGGCAGGGCAAGAGGCCCCGUCAUUGUACACUGCAGUGCUGGCAUUGGAAGGACAGGUUGUUUUAUUGCUAUCAGCACGGGUAUGAGACAAUUGAGAGAAGAGCAUUCCGUGGAUGUGCUGGGCGUGGUGUGUAACAUGAGGAGUGAUAGAGGUGGAAUGAUACAAACCCAUGAACAAUACGAAUUCAUUCAUCAAGCUCUGUGUGAGUAUGAAAAAGACUUGGCUGAGCCAGUCUCCAAUUGCCAACCAACUCAGUGACGCCGAUCUCUACUUAUGUUCAGCACAAUCCACUUGUCAUGAAUCUCUUGGUCCGAGGUAGACCCCCUCACACAAGAAGACUGCACUGGCAGUGAAGGCAUCAGGAGCAUGCUGGGAAACUGGCAAGAAUGUUUGAAUAUAUGGCAAUAUGUAGAUGCUGUAAUAUUGAAUGGUUGUAUGUCCAAGGUUGAAUGUGAAAAUUACUGGUAUGUUGUAAUUUGAAUGGAAUUUUUGGUCCAAUCUCUGUUAUAAGAGGGGGAGAAAAUUUAGUGUUUCGUUUACCAUUAUCCUGUUGUGACAGAGUUGCAGAAGGAUAUGGUAAUUUCAUACCUACUCUGUUGAUGUGUGUACUUGUGUACAAGAUUUAAACCACAUCUCUUACUAUAUCUUAUCAAACUUGCAGGAAUAAUACACUGUAGAGAGACAAGAUGAAAAAUUAAAGGUCCCUGGAACCCAAAUUACAUAUUUUCUUGUGUACAAGAUAAGAGCUUCAUUUUGCAUCCCAAUUUUGUCAGACUUGCUGGAAUAUUGUACAUUGCAUUAAGACUGGUUCUUGAUGGCUUUCAAGGUUACAGGUAAAGGUCAAGGUCAUUAUAAAAGUAAUUUCAAAAUUCUUAGUGCAAGAUUUAAGUUCAUUUCUUUGUCAAAGUUUCUCAAACUUUCAGGAAAGAUUUGCAUAAAGAUCUGGAUCCCUAUUAGUUUUAAAGAAGAAAUAUAGAAGGUUAAGGUCACUGGUUGGGAUAAUCUUAAAUUUUUGUGUUUUAUAUACAUUAUAUAUGUAUAUAUAUACGAUUUCAGAUGCACAGGUUAAGAUGCUGUAUUAACACACAGACUUUCAAGUGUACCUUAGAUUUAAAAUCUCAAGGUCGCUGAAAUACAAAUGAAAAAAAAAUUCCUUGUGUUCUGAUUUUGAUAACACAUGCAGGAUUGCUAUCUUACAAUAUGCCAUGUGCAAGGGGAUGCUCUGCUUUGCAGUCAUAAAUUUUUAUGAUUGUAUAUAAAUAUUUAUGAUUUAUAAAUAGUGUAUAUGUAUUUGUAAAGUUAUGCUGUAAUAAUUGUUAAAUGUCUUUUAAAUAUUGAUAAACUUUACUUAUAAAGUGUUCUCUGCUUUACUAAGCUCAGUUGUUGUGCAAUAUUGUAUAUACAUGUAAAAGAGAACUUACAUAUUUGUAUGAGGGUCACAAAUUUUGUUUAAUUCAUUCUGUUCAUUGCAAUUGUGAUCAUGCAUACUAUUGUCCCAAUAUUCAUUGUAGCCAUAAAGUAUGUACAUCUCUUAUGCAAUCCAAAUUAAAACUUUUGAAAAUUCUCACUAUUUACUAGAAGUCGUCAAGCUGCGUAAAAGUUUCACUAUAUUUGAAAAGUUGAUGAAGAUUUAGCAAAAUUUUGUUAGAGUUGCCUAUCUCAAAGUGAUUUCAAUAACUUGCUUUGAUAUUAAACUGUCCAUGUUUCAACUUUGAGCCAAAACUCUGUACAGUGUGAAAGUUAACAAGGCUUAAAAAGAUAACCAAAGUUUAAGAAUGUUAACCACUGGGGUAUGGAAAUUAUAUGUAAUAACUGUAUGUUACUGUUGUUAUUAUUGGUAUAUUUGUAAUCAUUUUCUUGUUAUAAUUAAUCAUAUUCAUCAUAUACGACAGCUAUUAAAGGAAGAAUUUGGUGAAGACAUAAUGUGAUGUAGUUGGUUUUUUUUUUUUAAUGUUUUGUAGAUUUUAUCAGGACAUUGAACACUGCUUUACAUUCUCAGUUGUUGUUGUUAUAUAUGCUAGUUAUAUUUGUAAUUUUUUAAUUAACUGAUUCAAUAGGUCUUUAUAACUAUAUAUUGCCUGUAUCAGUUUUAAUUUUUUUCUUUUUUUAACUCAAGAGAUCUCUCUAGUCAUAUUUUAAACCUAUCUUGUCAAUCUUAUAAACACUAUCAGAGUUACUGUGUUCAACUGUGUAUUCUAGGGGGAAAAACAGCUGUAAGUUUCUACAUUCAUCAGUGUGUUAUUUUGUCAUGGUUAGGUAUUUAGUGUUGUGUGUUGAUGCAUAACUGGUGAUAUGUAGUUUCAGCAUGUUCUGCUGGGGAUUGAUAUUUAUUUAUCAAUGACAUAUGCUUUCAUUUUUAUAUUGUUUGCACCCAAAAUGAUUGGGUGAAUGUAUCAUCUUGCUUAUUUCAGGAUACUAAACACUCUCUUUGUUAUUAUGUCAUACUGCAAUUUUUUUCUACAUGAAGUGUUUUAAGGUCUGUUUGUCUAUCUACAUGUCAUAACUUUUGAAAAAUAUGCAAGACUUCAGAUGUGAAAAAUGGAAAGGUUAUGUCGAAGUUCUGUUUCAAUAAAACCGUCAUAUGUCGAGGUGAAAGCGAUAGUUUUGGGCACAGUUUUUCACAGACACAUCUCAUUUCUGUAGUAAAUUUAACCUUUUUUUUUACACUCCAUACCAAGAAAGUUUAACUUUGGGGGUGGGAGAUAUAUGGAAAUCAUCUAAGCAUUUUCAGUCCAUCUGUAUGAGAGUCAGACCCUCUAUCUCUCGGGGUGUUUGAGCCAUAAAUUUGUUGCAAACUUUCAAUUUUUUAAUAUCCAGAGGGUAUUUCACAAACCUGAACUGAAUGGUACUUCUCAAACAGAGCUAAAGUCAUUCAAAAAUGGAUUAUUUGAGAUAUCAAAAUGUCUGGGUGCACAAGGGAAAUAACUAUGAGUAUGCAACCAAAUCGACUUGAACUGAUGCAGGCAGAUCUCAAUUUUAACCUACCUCAGUCAAAAAAAACUAUGGCUAUUCUUAUAUUGAACUGUAACAAACCAUUAAAUUCUCUCUCAUAUUUUUAAUUUGGAUUUGUUAUUAUUGAAAUCCCUUUUUGACAUUUAUUCAAACAUUUAUUAUGACUGUCUCAAAUUUGGUACAUAUAUAUCACUAGAACUAUCAAUAAUCAUGUGCGUGUUGUUAAGAUAGUAUGUGUGUGUUGUUGAGAUAGUAUGUGUGUGUUGUUAAGAUAUUGUUUCGAGUUGAUGUUACUGUUGGUAUUUUUGUAUGAGAAUUACAUGUACCGUAUACUUGUAACACUAUCUUUGAUCAAUUGUGAACAAUUUUUUUUAUACUCUUAAUAGAACUGGAGAAUAUUGCAAUGGUGUAUUUGUAAAGAUCAUGUCACAACUACAUGCAGUGAGGUAUAAUGUUCUAUUUCUUGUUGUAUUUUAUAAAAUGCUUUGUUUAUUACACAAAAGUUAUGUUCAUGUUAUUAGUACCACCGGGAAUCAAGCAUUGUAUCAGGGCCUUCAGUUGUAAAGUUUCCAUUGUAAGAGGCAGUCAGUUAAUUUUUUUUUCAAAUUCUUCAUUUACAGUAAAGUUGUCUAAUUAAAUUACAAAAAAAAAAAGGAUGCCAAAAAUCACAAUGAAAUACAUACCAAUAUUCAAAAUUGUCUUCAUUUCAGAAUGUACAUGUAGUUGUUACGGAAGUCAUACAUUAGAUGAAUACAUUUUGGCAUGUUCUAGGAACUGAACAAUGCAUUUCAUACUUAGUAUACAAUUCAUAUAUCUGUAUAACCUUUGGCUUUAUGAAUGACAGGUUGAAUGUGGAGACUCAUUAUCUGUGAUAUAUUUGUGAGUAGAAUGAUAGUUUUAUGUGUUUGUUAUAAACUUAUGCCUUUGUGCAAUAAAUAUCUCUUUUUUUGUG